UUGAGGAGGAGCCAGUGGCUAGGCAUGGGGUGUUCUGGGCCUUGCUCUUCCCACUUGUAGGAAACCUUCCCUCCAUGGCCAGGUAAUUGGAUGGCAAGGAGGACGACUGGCCAGGGAAGAAAGCCAUUCUGUUGCUCCUCCUCCCGUUGCUUAUCACUUGGAUCCUGACUCUCUUCCAAAGCCACCUGAGCCGUGCCAACGUGGCUGCAGAGCAUCUUGACAAUUGCCAGCAUCUGCUUAACCUCCCUGUGCACUCCAGGCCACUCUGCUAGCUGCUUGCCAUCCCUGGCCCUUGGGACUGUUUCAGAUGGCUGUGGUCUGUGCUGCUCCAGGGAGCACCUUCUCUAAGCAGCUCCUUUUCUUUUUCCUGGUUCUGGUAUUAUUUUGCGAUGGAUGUCAAAAGGUUUCCCUUCAAGUUCCCUCUCAUCUUAAGGCUGAAACUCCUGUAGGCAAAGUAAAUCUGGAAGAGUGUCUCAAAUCGCCCAGCCUGAUCCUGUCCAGUGACCCAGCCUUCAGAAUUCUAGAAGACGGCACAAUUUAUACAACACAUGACCUGCUUUUGUCUUCUGAAAAGAGGGGCUUCUCCAUCUUGCUCUCGGAUGGUCAAGGGCAGGAACAAAAAGAGCUAGAAAUUGUACUGUCGGCAAGAGAAAAAAAGACUUUUAGGAAGAGGCAUACCAAAGAACCAGUACACAAGCGCAGUAAGAGAAGAUGGGCUCCUAUUCCAUGUUCAUUGAUGGAGAACUCAUUGGGUCCAUUUCCACAGCACAUUCAGCAGAUCCAAUCUGAUGCUGCCCAGAAUUAUACCAUCUUUUACUCUAUCAGUGGGCCAGGAGUAGACAAAGAGCCUUUCAAUUUGUUCUACAUAGAGAAAGACACUGGGGACAUCUAUUGUACCCGAAGCAUUGACCGUGAAGAGUAUGACCAAUUUUUGGUGUAUGGCUAUGCAACGACUGCUGAUGGCUAUGCCCCAGACUACCCUCUUCCCCUGCUGUUUAAGGUUGAAGAUGACAAUGACAAUGCUCCAUAUUUCGAAAACAAAUUGACAAUUUUUAGUGUGCCUGAAAAUUGCCGAUCUGGAACUUCAGUGGGACAAGUGACUGCCAUAGACAAGGAUGAGCCAGGAACCCUACACACUCGUCUGAAGUACAAAAUCUUACUACAAAUCCCAGAUCACCCAAAGCACUUCUCUAUCCACCCAGACACGGGUGUGAUCACUACCACCACACCUUUCCUGGACAGAGAGAAAUGUGAUACUUACAAGCUAGUGAUGGAGGUACGAGACAUGGGGGGCCAGCCCUUCGGUCUGUUCACCACCGGAACAAUCACUAUCUCACUGGAGGAUGAGAAUGACAACCCACCAUCCUUCACCCAAACUUCUUAUACCGCAGAAGUAGACGAAAACAGAGUUGAUGUUGAGAUUCUGAGAAUGAAGGUGCAUGACCUAGAUCUUCCCAACACACCCCACUGGAAGGCAGUGUACACAAUCUUACAGGGGAACGAGAAGGGGAACUUCAAAAUCACAACAGAUCCAAAUACAAAUGAAGGUGUCUUAUGUGUUGUCAAGCCAUUGAACUAUGAAGUCAGCCGCCAAGUCACUCUGCAAAUCGGUGUCCUUAAUGAAGCCCAGUUCACUAAUGCUGCCAACACUCAACCCCCAACAAUGUGCACCACAACUGUCACUGUGAAAGUUAAAGACAGCGAUGAGGGCCCUGAGUGCCAACCACCAGUCAAAGUCAUUCAGAGCAAAGAUGGACUGCCAGCCGGCCAAGAGCUCCUGGGCUACAAAGCGAUGGACCCAGAGACAAGCAGCGGUGAGGGCUUAAGGUAUAAGAAGGUAGGAGAUGAAGAUAACUGGUUUGAUAUUAAUGAAAUCACAGGAGACUUGACCACCGUGAAAGUACUAGACAGAGAGUCGAAGUUUGUAAAAAACAACCAGUACAAUAUCUCAGUAGUGGCGAUGGAUACAGUUGGCAGAUCUUGCACAGGAACACUGGUAGUUCUUCUGGAAGAUUUUAAUGACCACCCACCACAGAUUGACAAGGAAGUGACCAUUUGUCAGCAGGAGAAGGAUUUUGCUGUUUUGGAACCUGUAGAUCUAGAUGGGCCAGACAAUGGUCCACCUUUUCAGUUCUUUCUGGAUAAUUCUUCCAGCAAACUUUGGACUCUAGAGUCCCAGGAUGAUAAACGUGCCAUUCUUCGUCAACGACACAAUCUUAACUAUAACUAUUAUUCUGUGCCAAUCCAAAUACAAGACAGGCAUGGUCUUUCUGCAAGACAUGUAUUAUCAGUGCGAGUGUGUGACUGCACAGUUCCAACAGAAUGUAGGAUGGCUGUUAAGGAGGAGAGGGAUGCUAAACCAAAUAUAAUCCUUGGGAAGUGGGCCAUUCUUGCCAUGGUCCUGGGAUCUGCAUUGCUACUGUGCAUUUUGUUCACAUGCUUCUGUGUGACUACUACCAAGAGAACAGUCAAGAAAUGCUUCCCAGAUGAUGUAGCCCAGCAAAAUUUAAUUGUAUCAAAUACUGAAGGACCAGGAGAAGAAGUGACGGAGGCAAAUAUUAGACUCCCCACACAGACAGCCAACAUCUGUGAUACAAGCACAUCUGUUGGGACUCUUGGGGGCCAAGGAAUCAAAACACAGCAAAAUUUUGAGAUGGUCAAAGGAGGCUACACCUUGGAGUCCAAUAAAGGAGGUGGCCACCAUACCUUGGAGUCCAGCAAGGGAGGUGUGCUAGGAGCAGCAGACACUGGCCGAUAUGCUUACACAGACUGGCAAACUUUCACUCAGCCUCGGCUCGGCGAAAAGGUGUAUUUGUGUGGGCAAGCUGAGGAACACAAGCAUUGUGAAGACUACGUUCGCUCAUAUAACUAUGAAGGCAAAGGUUCCAUGGCUGGCUCUGUGGGCUGCUGCAGUGAUCGGCAGGAGGAAGAAGGGCUAGAGUUUUUAGAUCACUUGGAACCGAAAUUUAGGACAUUAGCAAAGACAUGUGUGAAGAAAUAAGGUGCUGGUUAAUAGAGCGACAUCUGCAAAUGAAUACAGAGGUGUCACUGGAUAUAAGAGGAUAGCAGCUUGUAGUAGCAACUUUGGGUAUUAAAAGAAGGUAAAAUCAUUUGUAGAUAAGGGUGCUUUACCAACCAUAGCUCCCCAAAUUCUCCUUGUCUCCAGAACUUCCCUGUUGUCUAGGCAGGAUGUUGUCACUGUUGCUUUUCUUUCUGUGCAUGUAUGCAUUGCUCCUUCAGGACUGAACUGCAUAUGCCACUGAAAUUUUGGUGACGUUUGAAGCUUAAACUCUUUUGCAUGCUAUGCAGGACUCCAUAAUGGAGUUGGGUAUUGUGGAAGCUUAAAAUAUGAAUUUGCAUUGUGUAUAUACAAUUUGCCAUCCUGGAGCUUUGGUCUGAAUAACGUGGGUCUGAGCAUCAUGCUCACAGCACCUAGAACUGCAGAGAUUUGUCAAAAAUUCCAUGAAAACAUGGAAUUCUGAUCUCUAUAGGCUAAUUUAGGCUUACAGAUUUUAUAUAGAUAAAACCUUACCACAUUUAUAUGUACUAAAAAUAUUAAAAAUUAUAUAAAUACUUUGGGAGUCUUAGCCCUUUAACUUGAUACUGAUCUACUAUUUCAGUGGCUUUUAACUGGUCAAUGUCUUCAAGCCUCUCUCCAACUAGCCAUAAAAAUAUCAAGCUGUAACUCUGAUAUAAGGCUUAGUCCUUAUCAUGUGUCAAUACUGAGUUAAUGUUCAUAUUAGGACACAAUACUCAGUCUACCUUAGUAAUUACUCACAGGAAAAGAAAAGCUGGAAGGCCAGAAAUAAUUUUUAGUAGAUAUACAUUAAGAUUAUUAGUCCUCUACAGCAACACCUGCCAAAUCUUAUUGAUUUAAUACACAUUUUUUAACAUGAAUGAAUACAUGAGGUGUAACAUUUUAAUAAGAUAUUGUUUUAUUGAUCUAUAAAGAAAAACUAUAUAUUUAAAUGAUAUUUUAUUAGUCCUUUGUGAGAAACUACAGAUAUGUGUCAAGUUACAUCUCAGGAAAACCUUACACUUAAACUAAACUUACCUUUUUAAUCCAUUACUUUCUAUUGGCAAAAAUAAAUUUUUCUUUCACUUAGGUUUUGUAACUAGUCUUAUUGAUCUCUAUUAGGAAAAGUUCUCUUUAUUGUGAAAUUGCAUAUUUGAAUAAAAUGAAAUAUAGCAUUAGUGAGGCAGAUAUGAUAUUGUAAAUUCCCCAUAAUGUGUGAUUUUUUACAGUCACUGUAAGAUGAUUUGGGGUGAUUCAAUUUUUACUUUUUGAGGUAACUGUCAUUUUGACAAUGUGAAUUUUGACAUUUUAGGAUCUAAUAGUACCAAUUUGGAAAUGCAUUAAAUGUCAUAGUAAGUUAUAUUUUUCAAUGUAGUUAUAGAAUAUUCUAUGAGCAGUUGCAAAUUAUUAGCUUAACAAUUACUUAUAAGUUGUUUGUCUCAUCUUGCUCUUAUACUUACUGAAUUGUCAAUUAGAAAGCUUGCAUCUAAAUUAAACAGUAAAAUUUAUAUCCACAUAUGGAUUUCUUAUGCAUUAAGAGAAGGCUCUCUAAAGUAUUAGAAGCUAUUAGAAAAUGUGGAGAAAAUUUGUAUUAAGCAGUUUUAGCUAUUUAAAAUAUUUUCAAGAAAUUAUUAAAAUUUUGAUCAGAAGAAUGAUAUUUACUCUUGGAUUUAUUUAGGUUACUCCUAGUAAUUCUCAUUUUGCAUCAAAAAUUAAAUAUUAACUGUAUGAUGAACUAAAUGUAUGAAGCCCUACCAGGCUGCACAAUUUAGUUUGCUAAUAAAGUACUGUACUUCAUACAAAUUUUGACUUACUUAAUUGUUGAUUUAAUAAAUUAAUAGUUAUGGAAUGUUUUCUGUAUUUCAACAUAUAUGGGGGACCAUACAAUCCAGCUUUUAUCUUUUUGAUAUUGGUUUCAAAUAUUUCAUGAGAGAGAGAGAGAGAGAGAAAGAGAGAGAGAGGGAGAAAGAGAGAGAGAGGGAGAAAGAGAGAGAGAGAGAGAGAGAGAGAGAGAGAGAGAGAGAGAGAGAAAGAGAGAGAGAUUCAUAAGAAGAUCAGGAGGGACGAAAUGAUGUAGUCCCUUUGAGUAUGCUUCCUCAAAUACUCCCUAACAUGUUAAAUGCUAAUUCUCAAUGUAUAGAGACAUUCCAUAAAACUUGAAACCUAUGUGUGCACUUAUUUCGUAGAGAUGUCAUUUGGAAAAAAAAAUAGGUGUUUUAGAGCUGAGGAGUUUUACUUCCCUUUUUGUAGUAUGUCGGUCAUUAAAGUGGUGUACUGUUUGAAAUCCAAAAUGGAAUGAUAACCAUGGAAUAGUCUGUAUUAUGGCAUUGAUCCAUCUUAUUAUCUACUUCUCUUAUAAACCCACAGGAACAUAGUACAUGACCAGACACUGUUUUUGUUUCUCCCCUCGGGGGGUGGGGGGGGGGGAGGAAUGAAAAAAUAUAGGAGAAAGCUUUCUAAGAAAGGAUAGACUCACACAGUGUGUAGAAGCCAAUAAAUAUAAGUGGAAAUACAAUAAAGACUUUCUAGAAUAGAUGCUAUCUACAUAAAGACCAUGCUGUAUUACCUCAGAUCCUUUUAAUGAACAAUAGCCAUUUUAAGAUAUGCAUGUGUCUAUGUGUGUAUGUACAUGUAUCAGUAUAAAAUCCCUCUGAAGUGACCCUCAGAUUACUGAUGUAUUCAUAAUGUAUGUUAUAUGAAAAUAAAUGGUUUAAAAUCUG